AUGGAACCAGAGCUGUCCCCUACCGCUCUCCUCGAGGCUAUCACAGCCCUCACAGCCACAGUUGGGUCCCUACAGGACCAAAUCCGCGCCCAAAGCCAACAAAUCACUGAGCUUAGGGCCAUAUGCAAGGAAACAGCGGACCUCCUUGGGGAUAAGGAUCAAGGAGUCCCCCAAACCAAGCCUGGCCCAUCGACUGGGCCUGUCACUCCCCCUACCCACACAGGGGGAGAAGCCCACACUCCAGGCACGGUUAGGCCUGGGCUCAAGGCCCCAUUCAGGCCAUCAAGAGGUACGGGAUUUGAUUCCGAAGAAGACAAAGAGCCAAGGCGCCCCAAAAAGGAGCCUCAGGGAACGCCUAGAAGGCACCUUGGGUCCCUCACCCCCUUUGAUGCUGGGUCCAGCGUAAAGAGACCCAAGAUGGACCUCCCCGACCCUUACAAGGGAGACACCAGGGGCCGCAAAGCCACCCAAUGGCUGGAUCAAAUGAUGCUCUGGGUUGCCCUACAUAGGGACCAGUUUGACAAGGAGGAGCAAAUGGUUGUAUGGAUCCUAUACCAUAUGACCAAUAAAGCCGCUGAUUGGGCUCUCCCCAUCAUUGGGGCCAUCAUCAAGGGCGAAGGCAACACCCCCACCACCAUCCAGGCCUUAACGGCCAAAUUCAAAGAAGCAUUUGCCGAUCCCAACGCCAAGCAAGCCGCCGCUAGAAAAAUUGCGGUUCUCUCCCAAACAACCACCACCUCCGAGUACGUCACGGAGUUCCGCAAUCUCAUGGCGGAAUUGGACUGGAACGAGGAGGCCUAUAUUGCGCAGUUCACGCGAGGCCUCCACUGGAAGGUCAAGGAACUACUAUCAACCAAGGAUAGUAUUCCCGAUGAACUCGAGGCAAUUUUUGCGGCCUCUAUUAAGAUUGACAACAUUUGCCGCAAAAAUGAGGAGAACCGUCCCAAAAAGGCACCCGCCAAAUCCCCGGCCACCGUAGCCACCACUUCCACCACUACCACCCAACGGGUCCGCCUCUCAGAGGACCCAAACUAUGUCACACCGGAAGAAAGGGAUCGCCGCCGCGCGUCUGGCCUUUGUGUCAAGUGCGGUCAGAAGGGACACGGAAUCAAGCAAUGUCCCAACGGAUGGAAAGCCACAGUCAAAGAAGUGGCUAAGAUCGCCAAGGAUGUUGAGUCGGGAAAAGAUUGA